AAUGUGCGGGGAAAGGGACGCGUUUGGCGGACGGACCAGCUGUUCCGGUUGCUCUUCCUAGUACAUCCGAUUUGUUGGCGAUGCUCCGGCGGGUGUCGGCGUGCCGGGCUCUGCUCCCCUUCUCCCGCCUCGCUCCGAGCCCGGCCAACCCCGAGGCGCCCGCCGCUUCGAUGGCGCCGCUCGCUGCUCCGCCCGGAACACUCAGGACAGAAAAUAAUAUUCAGAGAUAUUUGGGGACUAGCAGCAUGAUCUGUAGCAAGACAGAUGAGAAGUCUGCUACCACCAGUGAGAUUUCCAAGAAGACUUCAGAGAGCAAAGACAUUUCCAAGAAGACUUCAGAGAGCAAAGACAAAGUCAAGGAGAACAUCAGACAAGAUUUGCUAGGCAUUAUCAAGGACAUGAAAAUUGAACUGAACACAAUAAAUGUUCAAACAACAAAGCCACCCAGCAGGAAACAUUACAAAAGUUUAGACAUUAAAGCUAGAAGGCGCCAAAGAUCCACAGAAGAUACUCCAGAGGAGAGAACCAAGUCCCUGAGUCCUGAGUUGGUGGCGGCUGCAUCUGCUGUUGCAGAGUCUCUUCCUUUUGACAAGAACACCACGAAGUCAGAGCUGCUCCAGCAGCUUCAGCAGCACGAGGCCGAUUCUAGGGCACAAAAGGCUGGAGAGAAACGUAAAAUUAGUUUCAGUAACAUAAUAUCAGAAAUGAAAGUUGCCAAACAACCUUCAGUUAGAGUUAAUACAAGACCCGAGCAUCAGAUUAAGUUUGAUGAAGGAUCUGAGGGAUAUCUUGGUAAGAAGAACACAGCUGAUCUUCAGAACAGUUUUAGGAAAUCUUUGUUCAUGGGGAAGAGACUUAAUAUUUUUGACCAAAAGACAUUUUCUGAAGAAGCUUCUGAAGCAGAGACGCCGCCUUCCCUUUGGGAGAUAGAAUUUGCUAAGCAAUUAGCCACAGUCAAUGAGCAGCCCUUUCAGAAUGGGUUUGAGGAGAUGAUCCAGUGGACCAAGCAGGGCAAGCUGUGGGAGUUCCCAAUUGACAAUGAGGCAGGUUUUGAUGAUGAUGGUUCAGAAUUUCACGAGCAUGUGUUUCUGGAUAAGUACCUUGAAGGUUUUCCAAAACAAGGACCCAUCCGCCACUUCAUGGAGCUGGUGACGUGUGGACUUUCCAAAAACCCAUACCUGAGUGUGAAGCAGAAGGUUGAACACAUAGAGUGGUUCAGAAAUUACUUCAAUGAAAAAAGAGACAUUCUAAAAGAAAAUAACAUACAGUUCAAUUAACACCAUGGAAGAUUUUUUUCAAGCUCUUAAAAGGUGUAUAUAAUAACUAAAUAAAAUUUUACUGGAAAUUUU